AGCUGGGCGUUGAGGAGCCUGCGACUGCUGCUGUGGCCCGCGCCAUGUCCGCUCGCAACUUGGGCACGGAGCUGGACCUUAGCUGGAUCUCCAAAAUACAAGUGAAUCAACCAGCAGUUCUGAGGCGUGCAGAGCAAAUCCAGGCUCGCAGAAUGGUGAAAAAGGAGUGGCAAGCUGCUUGGCUCCUGAAAGCUGUUACCUUUAUAGAUCUUACUACACUCUCAGGUGAUGACACAUCGUCCAACGUUCAAAGGCUUUGUUAUAAAGCCAAGUAUCCAAUCCGGGAAGAUCUCUUAAAAGCUUUAAAUGUGCAUGAUAAAGGCCUUACUACAGCCGCCGUUUGUGUUUAUCCCGCACGAGUGUGUGAUGCUGUGAAAGCACUGAAGGCAGCCGGCUCCACCAUCCCCGUGGCUUCGGUGGCCACUGGCUUUCCGGCUGGACAGACUCAUUUAAAAACACGAUUGGAAGAGAUCAGAUUGGCUGUGGAAGAUGGAGCUACGGAAAUUGAUGUGGUAAUUAACAGGACCUUGGUGCUGACAGGCCAGUGGGAAGCCCUGUAUGAUGAGAUUCGUCAGUUUCGCAAGACCUGUGGGGAGGCUCAUCUCAAAACCAUCUUAGCAACAGGAGAACUUGGAUCUCUUACUAAUGUCUAUAAAGCCAGUAUGAUAGCAAUGAUGGCAGGAUCAGAUUUUAUUAAGACCUCUACUGGAAAAGAAACAGUAAAUGCCACUUUCCCGGUAGCUAUAGUAAUGCUACGGGCCAUUAGAGAUUUCUUCUGGAAAACUGGAAACAAGAUCGGCUUUAAACCAGCAGGAGGCAUCCGCAGUGCAAAGGAUUCCCUUGCCUGGCUCUCUCUCAUAAAAGAAGAGCUAGGAGACGAAUGGCUGACGCCAGAACUCUUUCGAAUAGGUGCCAGUACUCUGCUUUCUGACAUCGAGAGGCAGAUUUACCAUCAUGUGACUGGAAGAUAUGCAGCCUAUCACGAUCUUCCUAUGUCCUAAAUCAGACCAAUUCCAGAAAAGUUCUUUACAACGAUGUUUAAAAUGUGUUUUUCUACAUAACUGCUAAAAUUAUUUAGUUAAAGUAUGAGGGAACGAAUAGGUAA